AUGUCAGAUGAAAAUCUUCCUUCUAAUCUAAAAUCAUCUACAACUGAGUAGAGUAACAGCGCUAAGCUAAACAUCCAAAAGUAGUCUCCCCAAAAAAUACAGGAGUAGGAAAAGCACUACUAGAAUAAGAUGUCGGCUCAUCGCAGAAUCCUUUAGCUUUAAGAACUUCAAACAGAGCAGGAAGCUAUGAUAAAGAGAUAGCAUAUUGAGCGUUAUUUCUAGAUAAGUGAGGAGUUAAAAAAGCUGGCAGAUGUGAAAAAGCUGUAUGAGUGGCCAUAUAUCAUCCAAUAUUUUAAGUCUAAAUAAAAACUGUAUCUCUAAUUUGCUAGGGUAUAACAGUCGAUAGAAAAUGAGGAAUUUAGCCAGCAAUAUUUUAGCACUUUAGUAAGAAUGAUACUCUAAGAAUCUGAUCAACUUAUUAAGGAAAAAAAUAUUAUUAGUCAAAUAGUAAUUUGUGCAGCGGACCUAUUCGAUUUGCAAUAUAAGAUAAUUAAUAAUAGAAUGGAUCCAAUAAACUUUGUCCUAGGACAGACUAAAAGAAGAUAGCAUAGGAGACUAAACACCGAUAUUUUUCUAAAUAAUAAUUCCAAACUUAUAGUAAAAAAAGACACAGAUACUUAGAAUUCCAAAAACACAAUCUAUUCAGCAUCAUAUAAUCUUAAAAAUAAUAACCAGAAAAACACCUAAGAAAAUUCACACAAUUACUAACCCUAGCAAGAUGAAGGAAGGUUUGAUUAUAACUAUAAGGAAUCUUAACAGAUUAGCUACCCUCCAGUAUAUUUCAAUGAUAAAGAAAAGGUCAUUCAUAUUGAUCUGUCAUCUACUGAUGAUAUUUUUGAAUGUGAAAAUCAAGAAAUAUAGUUGAGACAAAGUUCAAUUCAAAAUAGACAGUCAUUUGAGAAUCUGAAAUCUCAAAAGAAACAUAACUAAUCACAGAUAAGAUCCAAUAAUGCUAAUAUGAAUUAGUCAUUUGAUAGACAGUACUUGAAUCAGUUUAUAUAAUAGAAGGAAAAUAGAGGAAGCAUUGUCACUCAAACUCAAUCGUAGCAGCAAUAGUCUGAUGUAAGAUCAAUCUCUUCUAAAAGAUCUAGAUAGUAAAGAUUCAGUUUUAACUCUAGCCAGAUACUCAGAAAUUCUACAAAUAAAAAUAUGAAUUCGGCCAAUAAGUAAACAGAAUCCAAUGAAAAGAUCAAAGCGAACUCAAACUAGAAAUCUUACAUUUAACCUCAGUCUUAGAUCAAAGACCCUUCAAAGAAAAUGCUUAAUUUUAAUCCUUAAUCGUUUGACAAUAGAGAUAUUAUGCAUAUCAACAAAAUUGACUUUUGA